UGGGGAGAGGUGGAGCGGGCGCCGUGCCUGGAACCGAAGGGAGUCCGUGAAGCGGCUGAGGAAGACAACGCUUUUAUCGCCCUCCUCCCAGCCGGGGGGGCACUCCCUCACCGCCGGGCUCCGCCAGACGGUCCCGCGUCGCGGCUGCCCGCCCGCCCGCCUUCCCUUCAGCGGGAGGCCUGCAGGGGAUCCCAGCGGCGAGCGCGGGCUGCGGCCCGGCGCAGUGCUGCCCCCUGCGGGCCGCCGGCGGCGUUGCGCGGCGCUGCGGGCGGAGCCGCCUCCUCGCCGGCGGCGGCGGCAGCCAGCGGAGAGCUGCGCGGCCCUGCGGAGGAUCCGCCGGCCGCCCGGUCAUCCCUCACCGAAGCAAAGGCGCUCCCUCAGCGAGACAGGCCUGGCCUCCGCGGAGGGGCAGCACCGUGUCUGCGUGGGUGGGCUGGAUGCCUGAGAAAAUCGGGAUUUUUUUUUUUUUUUUUGUCUUUAUUUUUUUGGUGGUAAGCUGGCGGGUGCUGCUGGCUCGUGGACGCCAUGAAGGUGCCGUGGAUUCGCUUGGACUCUAAAGCUGUUGUCCAGGUUUGGCGUCUGGGACUUUUUUCUUGAAGAAGAGAAGCUUUCGGUGCUGCAAGUUGAUUGAAUAAAAUUAAGGACAUGGAAUAUAACAUGGAUGCAGUUCCUUGAGCACCAUUUCUUCCAAAGAGCAUAUUUUGCAGAUUGGUGGCCCGAAUGAGUAAUUAAUAAGCAGCAUACACAAGAGUAAUAUCAAGAAAAUAUUGUCUGUUACUGCUCAGUUUGACAAGGCUGCUGCAGAUUUGCAUCUUCUGAAAUGCAAUUGAAGAAAAUGAGGGAAAUUUUACCAAGAUUGUACCCUGGCCAAGUUAAUGAUAAAAAUAAUUCCUUAACUACAUCCCCAAAGCAAUCUUCUGAAGAUAAAACGAAUCCAUCAAAAGGGGAUGAUGACCAGAACUGCCUGUACCAAGGGACUGAGGCUGAGAAUAAUAAGUUGUCAUUGAUAAACUGUAUAAAAUGCAGAAAUGUUCAGAAAAUUUCAAUGCAAGAUAUAGAAAAGCAUAAGAAACUCGGGUGGACUGAAGACAAAAACUUCAUCUGUAAGACAUGCAGUCAUAUUCCACCGCCUGCUUUCCAUUUUGUUCCUGAAGGUGCCAAUGCUGUAGAUUUUGAAAAGCAUGAAAAAAUAUCGUCAAGUAGAAAACAGAAAACAUUUAAAGUUAAAAACUUUCUGCCAGGUAAAUACUACUGUGAUAAGUGUAGAUUUUCAACACGGGAUCCUUUGCAGUAUAAAAAGCAUAUAGAUCAACACGAAGAAAUUAAAUUUAUUUGUUCCCAAUGUAAUUAUGUGUCUUACACUAAAGGUGAAUUCCAGAGACACUUGGUGAAACACACUGGAACUUUUCCUUAUCAGUGUGAAUACUGUGAAUAUGGUGCCGUUAGACAUGACUAUAUAGUAAAACAUACAAGAAGAGUACAUGAAGCACCCAGAAAACGGCCUUCUAAUACUAUCAUAAACCACAAGCGAAAGAAGGCUUGCUUGCCAAGUAAAAGCACUUUAUUUGAAAAGCAGAAAUAUGAAGAAAUUCCUUUUCAAAGUGAGCUUUCAAACUCAUCUUCAAAUAGGAUUUGUGAGAUUCCAGAAAGAGUGACUAAAAUAGUCUGUUCGUCUCAUGAUACAGAAUGUAGCAUAAAUGCAACAUCAGUACAGGACAAAACAAUAUCGGAGCCAUCUGAAAUAAACAUGUGUGAGAAUCAGAGUGUGGAAGUUGAGGUUUAUUCUCCAAAAACGGAACCUUUACAACCUGGAAUGCCUUUAACAGUAAUUGCACCAUCUGAACUUGUAGUUCCUUCUAACUGUUUAGCUCAGAUAGUAGAGAUUAAAAUAGUGAAUGGAGCUCAACAGUUAGUUCUUAAACUAAUUCCUAUGAAAGAAGCAGCUUACAAACCUGUGAAUGGUGCUGAAGAGGAACUUGAGUAUCAAGGUAUAGAACGAUCUGUAGAAGGAAAAAAAACAUCUCCUGUGAUUCAAAAUGAGUUACUAACCAUGGAAGUGAAUGUAGACAAGUUAUCCAGUGUUAGUAACCGGCUUAAUUUGGAGAAUACAUGCAACAAAAAUUCCGAAUGUCUUUGUUCUUCGGAUUCUCAGUGCUCAGACUACAACUCUGUAUCUAUACAGAGAGAAGAUGCAUCAAAAUUAUGCCUUCAUUUGGUAAAAAGUAUUGAUGUGCAUUCAGGUGUUGCAGAGCUUUAUUCUCAGUCUCUGGUGACUAGUAGUACUGGAAAAAAAAAUGAUCUUAAAUCCACAAAGUGGGAAGUAGAUGGAAAAAAUAACUUACAUUAUGAUAUGUAUUGUUAUGAAGGAGGUGUGGAUAUAUCCCAUCCAGAAUAUGCCACUGUUUCUGAAGAUAAAAGUUUGAAGAACAUUUCAGUAAAGGCUACUCAGGAGGGCAAAACAUUUUAUUCUGCUGCAGUCCUUAAACAAAAAGAUACAUUGCCUCUAAAGAGGGAUGACAAAGAAUGUAGGAAUCUGGUAGUUAGCUCUGCAGAAACACAUCUAACUGGUAAGGGUUUUGAUAAAAAAUCUGUUACAUGUUCUGAAGUAGAAAAAAACUUUAAUUUCACUAAAACUCCACCUUGGGAGGACAUGACUUCUGACUUUAGCAAAGUAAAGAAAGCUGAAACCAUAAGUCCAAAAAACAAUCUUCUUCUGGAAUCAUUAGAACUACAGAAAAUGGAGAAUAAAAGCAAUCCUUUUGAGGGACCUGUUAUUUCAUCUGUAUUUUCUCUUAGUUCUGGGGCUCAAAAUGUUCCAGAGGGCGUCAGAUGGGAUGAUACAACAUGCAAUAAGAAGUCAGCAACAUUGCUGUGUAGAAAGAUUGCUCAGCUCAUGUCUGCUGCUGAAUCUAACAUGAAAUCUAUGCCUUUGAGAUGUCAAGCUUCUAGUAAGAAGGUGCAUUUCCCUCAGGAAAAUUCAGCAAGCUGUGAGAGAGUCGUUCCUACCACUGAAUUGGAACAAGCUAUGUCUUCCCCUCAAGUGCAUGGUGGAAGUAGUGUGAUUAGUAGUGACGAACACAGUAGCGAGCAGCUGCUUACAUUUGCGAGAACAUCUAAAAGCAGGGUAACUAAAAAUUCCAACGUUGCUACUCCAGUGUUUAUCCCCAAAGGGACAGUGUUGAGGGUGCUUAAUGCUACUAGUAGUCAAAACUCUAAAGGAAUAGAGAAGAGGAAUGAAGUAUCAGCUCCUUCUGUGUAUUGCAAUGAAAUGCUUUUGCCUCGCCCGGUUCCUGUUAGUGUUUCUGAGAAAUUUAGCAGUAAUUUGCCACAUUUGCCUAAUCAGAUUGAACCAAAUGCUCAGUCUCGAAGUCUACCGCUCAGGCAAAGACCAAGGCGAGAAGCAAGUAUUAAAAAUAGCAAACAAAAUGGUGUACCAUAUCAGAAAAGCAGUGAUGUGAGUAAGCAAAGCAAACACUAUUCAAAAAGUCAACUAGGACCCAAAAAUAAGGUAAAACAAGCAAGCUUCAGGGAACUUCCUAAGAGGAAAACAAGAACUCAGUCAGAAACCAGUUCAAGUUCUGACAUGUCGUAUCUAUUGACAGCACGACGUCUUCGGCUUGUCCCUCUGAGAAUGAAUCAGUUGAUCAAAUGCCCUCGUCGCAACCAGCCAGUUGUUGUACUAAACCAUCCUGACGUUGACACGCCAGAGAUAAUUAAUGUCAUGAAGACUAUCAACAAGUAUAAAGGUCAUGUCCUGAAAGUAGUUCUAUCAGAAAGGACAAGUAGUUGCCUUGGUGUCAAACGUUAUCGAAAGCGUCUUACUCUUCAGAAUUGUGAGACAGGAAGCCAAGCAAAAAAGCAGAAUAUGCUAAAAAUGAAACUAAAAAAGACCCAUAAAAACAAUUACCAGGUGGUGGAAGCUUCACCAGCUGAAACACUUCAGUGUAUGUUUAAGUGUUGGUUUUGUGGAAGAGUAUAUAUGGACCAAGAAGAAUGGAUAAGUCAUGGACAAAGGCACUUGAUAGAGGCAACUAAGGGUUGGGAUGUUCUUUCUCUUCCAGUGAAGAAUCAUUAAGUGAGAGGUGUUGUUGUUGUAGUAUUUUUUGUUUGUUUUUAAAUCUCAGUUUUAAUGGGUGCCAUCAAUUUGUUUGGAAAGGAAAACAAAAAAAACACUUUGUGAGAUCUCUACUGUUAGCAAAGUGGGAGACAAGAACAGAAUUAGAGAGAUACUGAGAAGCUUAUAAUGAGGACUAAGCACUACUUUGCACUCACAGUUGAAAUUUUUGUUGGAGGUCAACUUCAUCUAUUCCAUAAGAUAAAUUUGAAAAAGAUUUGCUAUGCAAGCAUUUUUUAUUUGCCAUUCUCUGUGUUAGAAUAGUGUGCUAUAACUGAGUUGUUCUAGGUCUGUAUGAAUUAAAAUCUUAGACUAUGGGAUCUGUCUCACAGGGUUUAAUUUUUUUUUUUGUUACAGCAUGGUGUUUCAGAGAUUAGGCAUAUAUGUAGUGAAAAGCACCUUCAAUCUUCAGUGGGCAGCAAGUGUAUAUCAGUUUUUAGUGGCAAUUUAUGUACCAAGCAGAGAAAGUAAAACUUAAAUGCAAGCACUCCGUUUCAGUGGAAGAAAACCACCUCCACUGACUUCCAAGGAAUACAAGUGUGUAAAUGAAGAAUCUGUGAGAUCAGAGUUAUUCCCACUAGGCCAAAUAGCACUAAAAAGAUUAAUUCUGUGUAGUACUUAGUCUUUACCUAGAAUGUAUUGUGUAGAGAUGAGAAGGAGAGCACAAGACUGUCAAGCUUUUUGUACUACUGCCUUUGUUCUGAGCAGGCAGAGCCAGAGAUACCACCAAACUUGGACUGAUAGGAGAGAGAAGCUUUUCUUCAUGUGGUCUCAACAGAUUGUUCUGAAAUCUGAGGAGUUAAUAGCCAAACAUAAACCUUCUAAUACCAUGUGUGUAGUCUGAUAGGAACACAUUUGCAGAAUUGGGCAUUUGGUUAAAACUUCAGUCAGUAGGUUAAUGCUUACUUACAGGGGAAGCUUGCUGAAGAGGAAAGACUUUUCAAAAUGAAAAACAGUGUUGCACAACAUUGACAGUGUUGAAGCAGAUUUUCAGUGCAAUCUUUCAUCCUUCUUAAUCUUAAAAUUUUAGAUGUUGCUAGAAUAUAUUUUUUGUAGGUGUCAAUUCAUACAAGCAUGUGCCUAGUUACAUAUGUACCUAUAAUAUCUACUGACUUCAGUGCAGUAUAAACAUUGCUCAGUUGCGUAAACACGUUUCUCAGUCAGGGCCAAAUUUCGAGAUUUUACAGAAGAGGGAUGGUUAUUACUGCACAUGAACAAUACAUGUUUUUCUUCAUCUGUCAAUUUUAAAUCAUUCUAUUUUAAAAUCAUAUAGAAUGAAUUAUAUUGAAGCACACAAUUGCAAUUAAAAUCACCUAUUACAUUUUUAAAGAUAAGAAAAUACUGGCUGUAAUGCUGGAUGUUUAUUGUAUGUUUGAACUGGGACUACUCUUUUGAAAAACUGGUAGUUCCUAACUCUUCUUUUCGCUGUUGGUGCAUUUUUGUAAACAGUUGAACUAAGCUGGGAAUAUUUUUUUAUACACUCUGGCAGAUUAUACAUUGUUUUAAUAAAGUAUGUAUGGUAUCUGUAUUGAAAUGUAAAUAUUUUAAAUCUAUAAAAUACAUCUGACUGAGGCUUAUUUUAAAAAAACAGUUAAAACAUUGCUUUCCAAGCAUUUUGCAAUAGUAUUAAAAUCCUUCAGAUAUUUGGUGCUUUAAGUGAGAUCUUUUUCAUCACACAUUGAAAAAUUUUGUAUCGUUUGUAUCAUAGACUAACCUAUUCCACAGAACAAACUUCCUUUUGUCUGCUUUGUCAGUAAUAACGAAAUGACAGUUCUCAUUUUGUAUUCAAAUGAAAUUAUAUUUUUUUAGAUGGGUACGCUAGAGGGUUUUUUCACUUCAUGUACUUUUAUGCCAAACCUAACAAUACUAUUUGCAUUUUUGAUUCUGAAAAUAUUUUCCAUUUCAAAACUUUGGCCUAUCACAUACAAUAAAUAUUGAAAUUGUUAACAUAAGAAAAACAUGGCUAAAAUUCCUCCUUUGUUUAAACUCUUUCAGUCCAGGUUACUGUUUGAAUUGAUUUUGUUUCUGUAGAAGCUACUAAAUAAAAUGGCUUUGAUUUUUCUUCUUAAGAGUUGUCACUGGCAAAACUAGAACAUUCCUAGUGAAAGCUGUAAUCUGUGUGCAUGUGGAAAAAGUGUUGCUGCUCAACAUUAUAAACUGUAGGUGGUUUAAGUAUACUAGUAAUGCUUGUCUUUAGUAAGCAACUUUGCUGGUUUAGUAAACAUCUACAAGGCUUUGUAUGCCACUGACAUGGUCUCCUAUCUAAAUUGUUAAGCUGUUUUAUUUUCUCAUGGGUUUAAUGUAGAAAAAAAUAUUUUUUUUUAACAUGGAAACCUUCCACAAGCUAAUUUCUGUGGUGACUUUAAACAUCUGAAAGUAGAUUACAUCAUGCCUCUCUUCCUUUUCAUGAGGUUUGCCAAACUCUACUUAGCAGCUUCUCUUCUGUUGAUUUUUUGGUUCUAAUGAUCAGAUAAUGUCAUGUGAAAAUAAUUUCCUUCAUAUUUAAUACUCUCAGUGGUUUGAGAGAAAUAAUUGUAAUAAAUGUUCCUUUGCAUUCUGAUGCAGCAUGGAGAAAUAAAAAGAUUGCAAGGAAGUCAACAA